AUGACUUUUGUGCGGCAUAUUCACACUCGACGUCUCGUACGAGUGGCUGUGAUGAAGUUGGGACCAUCUCACGUUCCGCCUGCAGCCGAGGGCUGUCUGCCUUAUCACGAGACACGUGAGACACGUCCAAACGGAUUGGCUAUACUUCCCGCCCAGCUACAAUAUUCCCCGACCAGGCUCUGGCCCGUUGAACCUCCGCUUUUCACUCCUCCCCAUCCUCGCAACACUUGACCCUUUUGUCUCUACCUCGACAUAGGCGUGUACAAGACAUCUCGUGACAGAUCUCUCUUUCUGUACCGUUCGAGUCGGCAUCGUGCACCCAAGCAACAUCACGGCCAUGGAAGUUGCAGGACUUGGCAUUGGAGUAGUCGGGCUCGCAGGCGCCUUGACUUCGGUCCGGGAAGCCACGGGCAUGUACGAUUCUUACAAGAAUGCUGGAUUCGAGUCACGACCUCAUCUUAUUCAACGCGACGCGGCCCCAAUCUUACUGCGACAGUGGUGCGAGAGCGUGGGCUAUGGCGAUGAACAGUUGAACGAUCGUCACCACCCAAACCUCGACGACCCAAAAGUGCGUCAAGUCGUUGACAAUAUUGUCAAGUGUAUCCGUGAGUCUCUACACAUCGGCCCCGGUGUAGAGGGCAAACCGUUGGAUGGGAUGCCUUCAACCGGAGGACUACAGUCUCAACAACAAGGCCCCCGUGGUCGCACGAAAGGACUAGUGCGGUUGGAAAAUUAUCGCGACUCGAUGCCCCGCAAAGCGAGGUUGGCAUGGGCCUGGCAGAACAAGAGCAAGGUUUCUUACCAGACUCAGAGCGUUGCGGAAUUGUUGCAAUCUUUACGGGACUUAGUACCGCCUCUUGAUGCCCAGGGCACAAUCUCUGCGGAAGCUGGCUUAGAACCAAGACUGAAUAAAGCUCUAUAUUCUCUCGUACAGCAUCUAUCCAUGGCAGAGAAAGAGCGUAGAAAUGACGAGUUCAAGAGGGAGCUUCCUCAUUGGCUAGGAACCACCUCAACAACAGACAUGUACGACAAUUUCCUUCAGAAACGAUUGGAGGGUACCUGCGAAUGGAUUCUCCAACGUCAAGAAUUUCAGGAAUGGGAAAACACCGAUCACGCCGACACAAAAGUCCUCUGGAUCCAUGGUCCUGCUGGGUAUGGCAAGACAAUGCUUUGCACCAAGAUCAUCGAACACCUGCAAUCUAGUGACUCUAUCAUUGCUUAUCACUUCUUUUCGUCUGAUUCGGACAGUCGCGCAGACCCUUUUAUCAUCAUCCGAGCCUGGACGCAUCAGUUAAUCGCUCAGAACAAAGACGCCUUUGAGCUAGGACGUACUCGAUGGGACGCCAGCGACAGACGCCCUGCCUCCCCUAGAGAUAUUAAGGAGCUGUUCGAAGCUGUGAUCCAAAGCUUGCCAGGUUGCGUCUUCGUUGUCGAUGGCCUUGAUGAAUGCGCGGGAAUUGGACACGAUUGGAAGGCCAGUUAUCGACAGUCGCUGAUUGAUUUCUUCCGAUUUCUAAACCAAUCGGUCUCCAAACCAUCACGACUUGCUAUUGUAAGCCGUGAUGAGCCGGAAAUACGAGAAGGCCUCCGCAUGAGCGAAUCCGGUACGAGUUGGACCCUGUUCGAUUGCCUAAUCCGGUCCGACGAUGUCAAGAACGACGCUACACGAUUCGCACGGAGUAUUGUGGACCAGAAAUUACAGAAUAAAAGUGAGCUGCAGCGAGAUGAGCUCUCGUCGCGCAUAGUGGACCGAUUCGAGAGCAUGUUUCUUGGCAUCCGAGUCCUCGAAGGACAACUCCGCAGUACGAAAAGCGUAGGCUCGCUUCAUCGAACAAUUGACCAAGCACCUACCAGGCUGACCGAUCUGUACGAUCGGAAUUGGAUGAGGAUUACCAACCUUCAAGAACCGGAUAGAAGCCGAACCCUGGCGAUCUUGCGAUGGGCUACGUUCGCUUUGCGUCCGAUGACCAUUUUGGAGAUCACCGAAGCACUUCUUCUAGCAGAUGAAGGAUGCGAGACAUUGUCUGAAGAAGAACUACCAGAUGCUAUCGAUGAAGAGUAUAUUCGAUUAGAUAUCCUCGAGCUCUGUGGACCAUUGGUUGAAACACGAGGACAAGGUUCAGAGCCACCGUCCCUGACUGUCCACCUGACGCAUUUUUCAGUGAAGCAAUAUAUCCUGUGUCAUGAACUGGUUCCGAUGGGACAGUUGAUUUCGAACGAAAAUUUGCGAACGAGGCAAGACGCAGUGCAAAGCAAUAUCCUUGCUAUUACAUGUCUUCGCUAUUUGAAUUUCGAUCAAGUUUGGGAAGAAAGCUUAGCGGAACGGAAGAGGCCAGUGCUUCAAGCGUUUCGAGAGUAUGCUGUCACAUCAUGGCAUAAGCAUAUCAAACAAGAUGCUAGCAACGCAGGGCAAGCGAUAGACUAUGUGAACGCUUUCUUCCACACUGAGAACAAAUGUUGGGAACAGUGGAGAAAGCAAGCCGACAGCUGUUUUCAAGACCAAAUGUUGCAAUAUGAAGGCAAAAUCCGAAGCGGUAACCGGUUAUUCUACGCAGCCUUGCUUGGGUUCAUGAGGACACUAACGCAUCUCAUUGGGGAAGUGGGGCUAAACGUAGACGAUGUGGAUGUCUCGGGGAGAACGGCGCUCUUGGCAGCUUCGUCAACAGGGUGGGCGCGUGGAGUAACUUACUUGAUCGAGAGAGGGGCCAGUUCGAACAUGGCGAGUAAUGAGGGGAGAAGUCCGCUUUAUGUUGCUUCAAACAAUGGUCAUUUGGAGGUCGCCAAGCUGCUACUGGAGAAAGGGGCAGAUCUGACGGUCGUCGACAAUGAUGGAGUGACCCCGCUCAACUCGGCUUCAAAUAAUGGUCAUUUGGAGGUCGUCAAGCUGCUACUGGAGAAAGGGGCAGAUCUGACAGUCGGCGACAAUGAUGGAGUGACCCCUCUCAACUCAGCUUCACUGAAUGGCCAUUUGGACAUCGUCAGGCUGCUACUGGA